AUGAUACUCCCUCCAUCUAAUAUGGCCAACAAGAUAAUCCCAGUUACGGGUGCCAAUCGAGGCAUCGGUUUCAGCAUCGUUCAAGCUCUAAGCCAACGCGCCUCAAACGUUACCUUGAUUGUUGCCGCACGAGCCUACGCCAAAGCACAGGAUGCUGUUGAUCAGCUUCGAAGCCAGGGAGUUCCGAUCCCAUUGCAACCGCUCGAGCUUGACGUGAGUCAAGAUGACAGCGUACUCAGAGCAGUGAACUUGGUAGAAGAGAAGUAUGGUCGUCUUGAUGUCCUGAUCAACAAUGCCGGCGUCGCACCUACAUCACCGUCAACGGACAUCGCAAACUUUCGGGCCUCGUGGGCUACUGUUCUGGACACAAACGUCACUUCUAUUGCUUUAGUUGCGACCCUUUUCCUUCCACUUCUGAGAGCAUCUGACGAUCCCAAGGUCCUCAACGUCUCUUCGGCCCGUGGAUCCCUAGCGCUUGUAACGAGCGGCGCAAAUCCGCCAACAGACAAGAUUGCGUACAGCGUUUCCAAGGCGGCGCUCAAUCUCUUGACGAUCGAGAUGAGUCACUCGCUUCCAGAGCUAGAAUGGCAAGUGGUGAGUCCAGGAUGGUGUAAGACAGCGUUCAACGGGUUUCGAGGCCCAAAGGAUCCUCUCCAAGGUGCUCAGGUGCUCGUCGAACUGGCAUUGGCAGCUAAAGGGCAGUACGAGAAUGGAUUUUGGCAGUUCGAGGAUGGAACGAUGGAGAAAGUGCCAUGGUGA